CUUCCUUGCUGCGCUAACUUAUAGAAGGUUUUUAUUUCACAUCAACACUUCUUCUGCAUUUUGGCGUCCUAAAUUUCUAAAUCUGAAUUAAAUAAGGUCUCUCAGCUGCUACAGUUUAUUCCAAACUAGUAACCUAAUGAAUCGCUUUUUGCAGAGAUUCGGUUUACUUAGGAUUGUGUUUGUGCAGGGUGUGGAGGAGCGAAGUGUCCGAUACACAGUACGAGGCUUUGCAGAGGAAGAGCUGGCGAAAAUGUGAAUCACCAGGCAUGUCAUACUCAUUGAAACAGCACUGCACUGAACGCGAUGAAGAACAAUUUGGAUUUGUUUCACAUGAUCCAAAGAAUCCCAACUUCUUGUAGUCCAGAAGUGGUAUGCGAAAUAAAACCUUAACUGAAAGUGGUGCUGGGCUGAGCUGGAAAGCUUAAAUAUACUUGUAUGACUGAGUAAUGUGAGGCAAUUUGUUCCUAUCUCUUUAGCCAAGCUCUCAGGAGGCUUGAUGACUGUGCCUUUACUGCUAUGGCUGGGUUACAUGGCUCUGCCUUGAAGACCCUAGAGGAUUUGACCUUGGACUCGGGUUAUGGAGCAGGGGAUUCCUGCAGGUCUUUGAGUCUGUCUUCAUCCAAAUCGAAUUCCCAGGCAUUCACACCAGCCCAGCACAGAGCUAAUUGGUGGUACUACUCUGGCUCCAUGAAUAGUCGUAACAACAGCUGGGACACUGUGAACACUGUACUGCCAGAAGAUCCAGAGGUAGUCGACAUAUUUUCCAAGUGUCCCAAGCUCCCAGAUCUGGAAGAAUUUCCAUGGACUGAUGAGGAUAUUGGAAAGAUUCUCAAAAAAGAAAAGGUUGAAGGAAGUGGCAAAUUCUUCUCUUAUGAAGCCACCAGAAGGCUAUCCUUGCUUCUUAAAAGGGCACUAAUCCGAAUCUCCAGGGAAGCCCAGCGACUAAGUGUAAUGCACUCCAAAUGCACCAGAUUUGAGAUUCAGAGUGCUAUGAAGCUUAUUUUGAGUUGGACAUUGUCUGAAAAUUGCAUCUUAGCUACUGUCAGGUCUCUUUCUUUGUAUAGCAUGAGUGCUGGAGAUGGGCUGCGAAAGGGAAAGUCUGCUAGGUGUGGCCUAACUUUCUCUGUUGGGAGGUUUUUCAGGUGGAUGGUGGACACCAGGAUCUCAGUAAGGAUCCAUGAGUAUGCAGCUAUCUCUUUAACUGCUUGCAUGGAGAGUCUAGUAGAGGAGGUCAAAGCACGUGUCAUGGCAGCUCAGAGUCAUGAUGGGAAUACUGGAUCUGAAGUUACUGCUGAACUACUGGAAAUAGUUAUCAACAAUGAUGCAGAGCUCUGGGGAGUCCUACAACCUUAUGAGCAUCUCAUAUGUGGAAAGAAUGCAAAUGGUGUGUUAUCCUUGCCUGCCCACUUCAGUGUGUAUAACGAUUCUUCCUUGAGUAAAGAUGGGCGCAUUGAUACUUAUGCACAGCUGGAGCUACGAACAUUGGAACAGUCACUGCUGGCAACCUGCGUGGGCAGCAUUUCAGAACUGAGUGAUCUGGUGUCACGAGCGAUGCACCACAUGCAGUGCUUGAAUACGAUCCGUCCUGGGAUGAGCCCCAUUCGACAAAGCAGGCAACAACAGCAAGCCAUUACAUGGUCACCUGAUGCACUUCAUACACUCUACUACUUCCUACGCUGUCUGCAGAUGGAAUCUAUGGAGAACCCAAACAUUGACCCUCCCCGAAUGGCUCUCAGUAAUGAAAGGCCCUUCAUGCUUUUGCCUCCCCUGAUGGAGUGGAUGCGAGUAGCUAUUUCUCAUGCUGAACAUAGGCGCAGUUUAACAGUAGACAGUGACGAUGUACGACAGUCAGCUCGAAUGCUUCUCCCAGGACUGGACUGUGAGCCUCGGCAGCUGAAGCCGGAGUGCUCAUUUAGUUCCUUCAGAAGGCUGGAUGCAAAGGCAGUGACAGAGCGUUUCCAGCAGGACCUUGGCUUCAGAAUGCUGAAUUGUGGGCGAACUGACCUAAUCAACCAGGCUAUUGAAUUGCUGGGAACAGAUGGAGUAAAUACAAUGGAUGACAAGGGUAUGACUCCAUUAAUGUAUGCCUGUGCGAUGGGAGAUGAAGCCAUGGUUCAGAUGUUGAUCGAUGCUGGAGCCAAUUUGGACAUUGCAGUUCCUGGCAUCUCACCUAUGUAUCCAUCUGUAUAUCCAGACAGCCGGCACUGGACUGCUCUCACAUUUGCAGUGUUACAUGGACACAUCUCUGUAGUUCAGCUACUGCUAGAUGCUGGAGCAAAUGUGGAAGGUUCCACCAACAGCGGCAGGGAUGAUAAUUAUGCUGAAACCCCACUUCAGCUGGCAUCUGCAGCAGGUAACUAUGAGAUGGUCAGCCUUCUACUGAACAAGGGUGCAGAUCCUCUACUGAGCAUGCUUGAGACAAAUGGAAUGACAUCAUCCCUCCAUGAAAAUAUGAAUUGCUUCAGUCAUGCAGCAGCACAUGGUCACAGAAAUGUUCUGCGCAAGUUGUUAACACAGCCCCAGCAGCUAAAAGAGGAAGUUCUCUCCCUGGAGGAGAUCUUAGCAGAGGGUGUAGAAAAUGACACAUCCCAAAGUGGUCACCUCAAUGACGGACAGAUGAAGAUGUGCAGAACACGGAUGAAGGCUCUCCAGGAGGCUAUGUAUUACAGUGCUGAACAUGGAUACUUGGACAUGACUCUUGAACUCCGAGCACUGGGUGUCCCAUGGAAGCUACAUGUGUGGAUCGAAUCUGUCAGGACUGCAUUCAGUCAGUCACGCUUCCCUGUAUUACAGAGCCUGUUGAAGGAGUUCAACACAAUCAAAGAGGAGGAAUACAAUGAAGAACUGGUGAGCGAGGGUCUGCAGCUUAUGUUCGGCAUUCUCAGGACCAUCAAGAAUGAUGCAAUCAACCAACAACUGGCAACAAUCUUUACUCACUGCUAUAGUGACAGCCCUGUUCCAGGCAUUUCAGAAAUCCGGAAACCACUGCCAGCUCGCUUGGAUCCUCACUUCCUGAACAACAAGGAAAUGUCAGAUGUGACCUUCAUGGUUGAAGGAAAGAUGUUCUAUGCUCACAAGGUUCUCCUGAUCACUGCAUCUGACAGGUUCAAGACACUGCUCACCAACAAGAAUGCACAAGAAAGCCAGGGUACUAAAGCAAUUGAGAUCAGUGACAUGAAAUUCAGUAUUUUUCAGCUGAUGAUGCAGUAUCUAUAUUUUGGAGGUACAGAAUCCAUUGAGAUUCCUACAGCUGAUGUACUAGAGCUUCUGUCUGCUGCAAGUCUUUUUCAGCUGGAUGCCCUGCAGAAACACUGUGAAGUCAUCUGCUCUCAGAAUGUUGGUACAGACAACUGUGUUACCGUCUACAGAUAUGCAAGGAUCCACAAUGCUACAGAGCUAGCCUCAUUCUGCGAAGGGUACUUUCUGCGGAAUAUGGCCCAGCUGCUAGAACUAGAUUCUUUCAAGCAACUGAUCUUUGGGAGGAACAGCAAGGUACAGGGACUAGAUCCCCUUAAUGAUCUUCAGGCUGCUUUGGCCAAAAGGAUGCGUUCUGUGUACAUCACUUCCCGAGUGUGAGGAGGAAGAAGAGACGAUAUCACAUGGUACAGAGGAGCCAAGUGUGUGCACACAGCUUCAGAAGGCAUACUGUGGAACAGGAUCCCUGCAGUGACUUUUCCAGUGAACCACAGUUCUGUACUAUUUUAGGCUAUUGUCCUCAAGCUCUUCUGGCUGGCUGGCUGGCUGUUUUAAGAAAGUGACCCUGCUGAAUACUUAAUUAACACCUCACCAUUGAAAAAAUUGCUACAGAGCACCACUUUCCUAACUUUACUUCCAUAGCUUAACUAAGUCUUAAUAUUGUGAUUUACAUAGCAAGGUAAUAUGCUGGCAAUGUAUAGAAGAGAGUCAUACUGAGCAAUAACAGAGGAAACAAAAUGAGGUCAGUGUUCCUGCAGUGAAUAUGUAGUACAGUGAAAUCAGCAGACAGAAACUCAGAUUCACGUAAUGGAGUGAAAGGAGAAUGCUUCUGUGGUGCACAUUUAAAGCACAAUAGAUGUAUUUUAGGGGACAGACUGUAUCUGACCUGUGUUUCUUAGAGCACAGACACUUAAGAACUUUUGUGAGUUGUGCUGAUGGGAGCAACAGUUUCAAAAGCACAUUUGUAGAAUGAGUGAAUUUCUCAGAUAAUUUAUAAAAUGUACCAGUGAUGGCAGCUUUAGAGGGUUACUAGACAUGCAGCUACAUACAGGCACAGAAAAUAGUAUACACUCAGUGUCUCAUGUAUCUCUAAACAAAAAUAAAAGCUUGUAUAAGAUUAGAUUCUGGGUGGAUCAUCAAGAGAAACAGUGCUUUGCAUCAUAACAAGGGAAAAUGUGUUCACUCUGUGUGCUUCAUUCCCACUAGCUAGGCUACAGAGGGACUGAGUCAUCCACACUACUUGCCAAAUUCCAGAUGCUUUUAGUGACACCCAUUUGACUCAGUUUUACUCUUUUAAAACAACAAAAAUACGUAUCAUGGGAUGGUUAGAGUUACAGAAGCAUUUCCAGAGGUCAUUUAACUGCUUUCGUCAGACAUAAUUUUGUUAAGAUUUUUUUUCUUUUUUUGUAUGUGAUGGCAAGGGUGGUAAAACAGUUGCACAACUCAGAAUAUAUCAGUGUUGUUACUAAUCAACAACGGAUUAGUAAGUCAAAUAAAAUAUAGGGUGGUGUACAGCAUUUGCACAUAGGGAUUUGUAGUGAUAAUGGUACAUCACAAUUCUUAAAAUGGGUGAGCAUAUUUUAUCAUAAGCCAAUUUUGUCAUGAAAAGACUGUCGUAUAAUUCUGGCAAACACGACAUUUUUGUCAGAGCUGAAACAUCCACUGAAUUUCAGUGCUGAGAUGGCUAAUGUGGCUUUAUAAAAUUAAUAUCUUUUUAGGCUGCUCUGACUCCCUCUUGCUCACUGAUCCAUACUGCUCUGUUUCCUUUGUGUAUUUUCCUUAUACACAAUACAUAUAUUAUUUUACUUACAACUGAAAAAGUACCAUCAGUCCAAUCUUCCUAUCUUAGAUAAAAAUAAACACAAAUAAAAUAAAAUUAUGACCCGCCAUUAGCCAUCCCUCUACAAAUAGAAUUAACACA